AACACUUGGACAACCUUUCUCGGGGUUUCCAUUUCUCUCACUGUUCCUAUUUUAUCCCAUUUGGUACCCUAAACAAACAGACUCUUUAUGAAAGUUGGUUCAUCCUUUAACCAAGACUAGAAAGAAAGAGAGAGAGAGUUCUUUAGUCUUAGUUUGUAAGCCAAAAAAAAAGAGAGAGAUCAUGGGGAGAGGAAGAGUUGAGCUUAAGAGGAUAGAAAACAAAAUCAACAGGCAGGUGACAUUUGCUAAGAGAAGAAAUGGGCUGCUCAAGAAGGCUUAUGAGCUCUCAGUUCUCUGUGAUGCUGAGGUUGCUCUCAUCAUUUUCUCCAACCGUGGCAAGCUCUAUGAGUUCUGUAGCAGUCCUAGCAUGUUGAAAACACUUGAAAAGUACCAAAAGUGCAGUUAUAGUGCAGUGGAAGCCAGCCGACCAAUUAAUGAGACUCAGAGCAGCUACCAGGAAUAUUUGAGGCUAAAAUCAAAAGUUGAGGUUCUACAGCGAGCUCAGAGAAAUCUCCUUGGGGAAGAUUUGGGCCCAUUAAACACAAAGGAGCUGGAGCAACUUGAGAGUCAACUGGAGACAUCCUUGAACCAAAUUAGGUCAACUAAGACUCAAUAUAUGCUUGAUCAGCUUGUUGAUCUUCAAAAUAGGGAACACAUGCUGGUGGAAGCAAACAGAUCACUUAGGAAGAAGUUGGAUGAAAGCAAUAAUGCACAAGUUCCCCUUCGACAAGCAUGGGAAGCUGGAGGCCAGAGCAUUCAAUAUAGCCAGCUUCCUCCUCAAUCAGAGGGGUUCUUUCAACCUUUGGGAGGCAAUUCCACACUGCAAAUUGGAUACAAUCCAGUAGCUUCAGAGGAGAUGAAUGUUGGAGCUCCAGCACAAAAUGUCCAUGGGUUCAUUCCUGGGUGGAUGCUUUAGCCUGGAUCUUCAUAAUAAAUAAAAAUUGGUUGUGGUGUUAAAUGCAACCUGUAAUUAUCAUUGAAGACAAUAAGUGAAUAUUUGGAAGUUGUAAGCAGGACAUAAAAAGACAAUUACUGUUUCAUAAAAACAAGGAAGCAGUGUGACAUUUGCUUGCGAUUAUAGAGAAUUGUGAGCACUUAAAAAGUUUCCAUGUAUAGUAAUUUUGAUGUUUCUGUCAAAAA